UACGAUUACGAUCCAUUGCGAUUCAAAGUAUUAUUUAAAGGCACAAUAAUAAACAUAUUAUUUGCAGUUUAGAUAUAUGUCGAAGUUCGUCAGUUUAAAAAUUUAAUUAUGUUUGGAUCAGCAACUCCAGCAAUAGUAAAUGAGGGUCCUAAAACUGAAAAUGUGUUAAAUGUAAUAGAAGUUAAUAAACGAGACAAUUGGCUAGAGUUAAAAGUUGAUAUAGAGACCAAUGCAAAGGGUAAUUCUACAGAAAGUGAACAUAAAAUAAACUCAUCAGUAAAAAUUUGUCUGAAAGUUAUACAGGCAAAGGCAACAGAAGUACCUAAACAAUCACAACAAUAUAAUCAGUUCGCAUUUGGUGCACAGAAACAAGUUGACAUUUUCAAACCUAACAUUCUACUACUAUUUAAAUUUGUGAAAACUCACAGUAAUGAUGAUACAAUGUAUUCAAUCAUUUGCAACAGUAUAGGUUUAGGUCUCUUGGAUAAGGCAUUUUGUACUGAUAAUGAUUCUUGGUUCUUGAUCCGUGAGACAACAUCUCCAAAAUUUAGCUUCAAUGUUAUUUUCACAAUGACAAUCAUUAAAAGUGAAAAUCCAUUUAAAGCAUUGUAUGAAGACACAGAGCUGAUGGACUUCAAACUGAUUGGCGAUGCAGGGUCAGAGGUGAAGGUACACGGGGCAGUGCUGGCCGCUCAGAGCCCCAGUAUCAUGAAGAUGAUACAAGAAAAAACAAUCAAGGACAAUACUAUCGAAUAUAGUGGAGUGAAUGAGAAAACUUUGCAAGACUUUAAAUCCUACAUUUACUUGUACGUUUUGCCGAAAGAGGACAUAGAGCAGUUGUUGCUUUUGGCCUCCAGAGCAACAAUGGUCGAGCUGGAGCGCAAAUGUAUCAGCCAGAUAAUGGCCACUCUGACUGCUACUGAUGUGUACCGUAUCACUGAAUUUGCUCAACAACAUAAGAUACAUGAACUAUAUUUGAAUGUUUUAGAAUAUAUCCAAAAUGGUAAAAUCAAAGUAAGUGACAUUAGAAAUUGCUUAAAGCUUUCUAAUGCUUAAUCUAUGUCAGUUGGAAGGAGGAAAGAGGCUAAGUUU